GUCACCAGAGACUUCUAUUGUGCCAAAUUUCUGCAAAUAUGCCUGAUUCUCAUGACCAAAGAAGCUUUUCGCGUGCUCAAACAUACUCAAGAUCUUUUCGGGUCUGUUGUUCUGCUUGUUCACAGCCCGUUCUUGUAGCCGAGCUGCAAGAUUGUGCGAGACAGUGGGAACGACGUGUGAGAUUUUAGGCCCCACUGUACUCCGUAUGCAUACACCAAAACUUGCACCUUCAGGUAGCUCAACACAUUUCCAUCCAUGCAACUAUCUCUCACUAUUUGCGCCUGCUUCUCUUUCCCCCCUUCUUUCCUCUUUCAUUUCCACGAUAAUUUUGCUCAGCGUCCAUCUUCAUUUUCUUCCGCACGAAUAUCACAAUGGCUGAGAAACUCACAUUUCCCGCCGAAUCGGCAGCCCUUCUCGAGCCUCGCCUACCCCCAACGCCCAAUUCUGAGGAUGCCUCGAGAUCACGUCCCUUUGUCACACUGACCUUUGCAACUUCUCUUGAUUCCAGCCUGUCACUCGCGCCUGGGGUCCGCACUCGUCUUUCUGGCCCAGGCUCAAAGGCCAUGACCCACUACCUACGGACCCGGCACGCAGCCAUUCUUGUUGGUGUGUCUACGGUGUUGGCAGACGAUCCGGCUCUCAACUGCCGGAUUGCAGGAGCUUCUCACCAGCCGCGGCCCAUAGUCAUUGAUGCCAACCUUCGAUGGACGCCACGCCGCUCUGACAAGGUCUUUGAAGUGUGUCGGAGCGGUGCCGGGCUUGCUCCCUUUGUCCUCACUGGCAUAGACGCCUCACAACUGCCUCCCGAGAGUGUUGAACUGCUUCAUGAGCAUGGAGGCAAAUACAUUCAUGUGCGCACUACCCGCUUUGAAGCAACUGGCCGGCUACGGUUCAGCUGGGACGACAUUCUCGCCGCUCUGCAAGCGGAAGAUUUGGCCAGCGUCAUGGUCGAGGGCGGCGGCCAAAUUAUCAAUUCGCUCCUCGACCCUGCCUACCACAACCUGAUCGACUCGGUCAUUGUAACGAUUGCCCCGACGUGGCUGGGACAAGGCGGCGUGGUUGUGUCUCCAGACCGGGUCACCGACUCAGCGGGAGUUCCUUUCCCGGUUGCGAGGCUCUCGCAUGUAUCAUGGCACCCAUUCGGCGAAGACGUUGUGCUGUGCGGCACGCUCCGGAAAUAGACAAGAACGGCUCAAUCACUUAUUAUUUUUAUAUACAAAGUCUGUUGAUCGGUACGCCAUUCCAAGGCUGGUUGCCCACGGAGAAGAUUGCAUUUCGGUUGCAUGUUGUUUCACACAAACUGCUGUUUGGUGCAAACUCGAUCACCGGAUCGUGACAUCUGAUCAAAGAAGGAAUGUAUUUAAGACGUAACACAAACUUCCGAGCUCGGCUCUCUCCGGGCCAGCUUCCCCCGGCUCCGUACUCGGACCCGGCCGUCACAGAGAGAGAAAAAACGAGUACCUAGCUUGUGCGCCAACAGCAGAUUGUGACGUUGGGCUUGCUUACGUGGG